UGCACAUUCUGUCACAAGUUAGCUGAAGCCUUCUCUUUUUCACAUUAUUGAUAGAGGCAUCUCCUAAUUUACACGAGUGUAAUACCAAGAUAUACUACUUGAUGGCCUGCCCAGCCGAUCACGAUGAUUUGAUAGCAUUAAAAAUGAUGCCAUUUCGUGACGUAACUUCAGUUGUGGCAAAUACGUUUCGCCAUGAAAAUCUGAAGGUGUUUAAAAUGGUUGGGUAUUGUGCUUCUGCAAAUGAAGAAACGUUCCUCGUGCAAUUGUUCAAAAUCGCCACAUCACUCGAGAAGGUCUCUAUUUGUACGGAUUGCGACCAUCCAGAAGACUACGUUGUCAUGUAUAGACUUAGACGAGACGGGAAAAAUCUGAUGACCAAAGCCAUGAGAAAGGCUAAGCCAAUCAAGGAUGGUGCAAUGACACGAAUUUACGCACGAAAACGUGCCAAGAAAUUGGAAUCCAGGUUUCAGUCGAAAAAAUUAAAAUUUAUUAUAACAUAAUAUACAUAUAUAUUAUAUUAUAUAUAUUGUUCUGCAGUUUCCCUUAUUUCUUUCUAAUGCUAAUAACAUUAUACAUCAUUGACUUUGUCAAAAAGUUCGAUAAUCUGUGGAAUAUAUAAUAUUUAAAUUAAGAAUAUAGGAUUAAGUUAAGAUGAUGCAAUACUUACAUAUAUGCUUUCAUAAGCACAAAUCUUCUGCUGGUUUUUACUUUACUGUGUGAAUGAAAAUGUAUACAAGUCUUCCUCUAUUAGUUUAUUUGUGAUAACUUGUGUCAAGAUCUUGUUUGGAUAUUUCUUUUUGUCUUUUCUCAAGUUUCUUUCUACAUUGUUUAGUUAAAUGGUAUUAGAUAAACUGACUCCAUUUUAUUUUUUUAAUCGAAUGCUGACUCCGUCACUCGAUUUACGUUUCGUAGCUCUUACGGUUAAAAUUUUAUGUCAGCUAGUUAGUUUUGUAAGACCCCAUAAUCACUAGCGGAGCCAGGAUUUUAAGUCGUAAGGACCGAAU